AUGAUACAGGAUCCAUUCAAGCCAGCUGCUCGAGUUGCUGGACAGCGACAGGAUGUCUGGAGCAUCGUCAACGAGGCUGCACAGGCUUCACCCGUGCAGCCCAUCGUCAACAUGGGUCAAGGUUUCUUCGGCUAUAACCCUCCUGAAUUCGUGCUAGAUGCUGCUAGAGAUGCUCUGAGCAAGGUCGAAUGCAAUCAGUACUCACCGACGAAGGGCCGCCCAAGGCUGAAGAAAGCUAUUGCUGAUGCGUACUCGCCAUUCUUUGGUCGAACUAUUGAUCCCGAGAAGGAAGUCACGAUCACCACCGGAGCCAACGAGGGAAUGCUGUCAGCAUUCAUGGGCUUCCUGGAGCAAGGAGAUGAAGUCAUCGUGUUCGAGCCGUUCUUCGACCAGUACAUUUCCAACAUCGAGAUGCCCGGUGGCAAGGUCGUCUAUGUGCCAUUACAUCCUCCCAAGGACGGCGCCACCAAAACUACCUCAGCUGGAGAGUGGUCCCUGGACCUUAAGGCAUUAGAGAGCGCGAUUACGGACCGCACCCGCAUGAUUGUGCUGAACAGCCCGCAUAACCCAAUUGGCAAGGUCUUCUCGAAGGACGAGCUACAAGCUAUAGGGGAUCUGUGCGUGAAGCACAACAUCAUCAUCCUGUCUGAUGAGGUUUAUGACCGCCUAUACUACGUCCCAUUCACACGCAUGGCGACUCUUUCACCGGAAGUGGCAAAGCUCACGCUCACGGUCGGAAGUGGAGGCAAAAACUUCUAUGCUACUGGCUGGCGAGUGGGCUGGUUGAUCGGACCCGAGCAUUUGAUCAAGUAUGUCAGUGCAGCACAUACCAGGAUCUGCUACAGCUCUGUCUCGCCUUUACAGGAAGCUACCGCUGUCGCCUUCGAGCAAGCAGAUGCGCAUGGUUUCUGGGACGAAUCUAAGAAGGAAAUGAAAGCCAAGGUCGACCGCUUCACCGAAGUCUUCCGCGAGCUCGACUUGCCCUACUCCGAUCCAGAAGGUGGGUACUUUGUCCUCGUGAAUCUCGCGAAGGUGAAGCUGCCCGAAGACUAUGAUUUCCCGCCACACGUCGCCAGUCGGCCACGUGACUUCAAGCUCUGCUGGUUCUGCAUUAAGGAGUUGGGCGUGGCUGCCAUUCCGCCGACAGAAUUCUUCACGGACAAGAACGCGCAUAUUGUCGAGGACUGGUUGAGGUUCGCUGUGUGCAAGGACGAUGAAGUGCUGGACAGGGCUAAGGAGAGACUGCGAGGUCUGAAGAAUUACAUACAGUAG